AUGCAGAUCUUCGUGAAGACGUUGACUGGAAAGACCAUCACCCUCGAGGUGGAGUCUUCGGAUACCAUCGACAAUGUCAAGGCCAAGAUCCAGGACAAGGAGGGUAUCCCUCCCGACCAGCAGCGCUUGAUCUUUGCGGGCAAGCAGCUCGAGGACGGUCGCACCCUCUCCGACUACAACAUCCAGAAGGAGUCGACGUUGCACUUGGUGCUCCGUCUCCGUGGAGGCAUGCAGAUCUUCGUCAAGACCCUCACGGGCAAGACGAUUACUCUCGAAGUCGAGUCUUCGGACACGAUUGACAACGUCAAGGCCAAGAUCCAGGACAAGGAGGGCAUCCCGCCCGACCAGCAACGUUUGAUCUUCGCUGGCAAGCAGCUCGAGGACGGCCGGACACUGUCCGACUACAACAUCCAGAAGGAGUCUACCCUCCACCUCGUCCUCCGUCUUCGUGGCGGUAUGCAGAUCUUUGUGAAGACCCUUACCGGGAAGACCAUCACCCUCGAGGUUGAGUCAUCCGACACCAUCGACAACGUCAAGGCAAAGAUCCAGGACAAGGAGGGUAUCCCUCCGGACCAACAGCGACUUAUCUUCGCUGGCAAGCAGCUCGAGGACGGCCGGACACUGUCCGACUACAACAUCCAGAAGGAGUCCACCCUCCACCUCGUCCUCCGUCUUCGUGGCGGUAUGCAAAUAUUCGUCAAGACCCUCACCGGGAAGACCAUCACCUUGGAGGUGGAGUCGUCCGACACCAUCGACAAUGUCAAGGCGAAGAUCCAGGACAAGGAGGGUAUCCCUCCGGACCAACAGCGACUUAUCUUCGCUGGCAAGCAGCUCGAAGACGGUCGUACUCUUUCUGACUACAACAUUCAGAAGGAGUCGACUCUCCACCUUGUCCUGCGUCUGCGUGGCGGCAACUGAGUUGUGGUAGCGGUCAUCAUCCCUGUUAUGUAUUAUUAGUUGCAUUACUACGACAUCACGCGCAAUAUCAUC